AGUGAAUAGUCCUCGCGCGAGCGGGACACGGCGGUGGAUGCAAUUCCGCUCGCCUACAGCCGCCAGGAGCUCCCUGGCGCCGCCGGCAGCGUCCUCCUCCGGAGCAGCUGCGCCUGCACCUGGGCAGCCUGGACCUUCGUGCCCUGCCCCCGGGGCCUCGCGCGGGGGUCGCCCCGGGACACCCCCUGUGGGCCGGGUGGAGGAGGAAGAGGAGGAGGAAGAAGACGUGGACUCGGACCGGCCGCUGAACACCUGGCUGAGCCACUUCACUUUAAGGGGGAGAAGAGAGCCGGGGAGAACCAUGGCGGGCAGCGAAGUCCGGGAAUUUCUUUUGCAAUUUGGUUUCUUCUUGCCUCUGCUGACAGCUUGGCCAGGCGACUGCAGUCACGUCUCCAACAACCAAGUUGUGUUGCUUGAUACAACAACUGUGCUGGGAGAGCUAGGAUGGAAAACAUAUCCAUUAAAUGGGUGGGAUGCCAUUACUGAAAUGGAUGAACACAACAGGCCCAUUCACACAUACCAGGUAUGCAAUGUGAUGGAGCCAAACCAAAACAACUGGCUUCGUACAAACUGGAUCUCUCGUGAUGCAGCUCAGAAAAUUUAUGUGGAAAUGAAGUUCACACUGAGGGAUUGUAACAGCAUCCCGUGGGUCUUGGGGACUUGCAAAGAAACGUUUAAUCUAUAUUAUGUGGAAUCAGAUGAGUCCCAUGGAAUUAAAUUCAAGCCAAGCCAGUAUACAAAGAUUGAUACAAUUGCUGCUGAUGAAAGUUUUACCCAGAUGGAUUUGGGUGAUCGCAUCCUCAAACUCAACACUGAGAUUCGUGAGCUGGGGCCUAUAGAAAGGAAAGGAUUUUAUCUGGCUUUUCAAGACAUCGGGGCAUGCAUUGCCCUAGUUUCCGUCCGUGUUUUCUACAAAAAAUGCCCCUUUACCGUUCGUAACCUGGCCGUGUUUCCAGACACUAUCCCAAGGGUUGAUUCUUCCUCCCUGGUUGAAGUAAGGGGCUCCUGUGUGAAGAGUGCAGAAGAGCGUGACACUCCUAAGCUCUAUUGUGGAGCUGAUGGAGAUUGGCUGGUUCCUCUUGGAAGAUGUAUCUGCAGUACAGGGUAUGAAGAAAUCGAAGGUUCUUGCCACGGAAUAGUGUAUGAAAAUGUUGAAUAA